AUGACGUGCUCCCACUUGGAGCUCCCAAACGGAGCCAGACCCCGCUGGGGCUCGGGUCUACGCCACGCCUGUGGGUGCCCGUCUGUGGGAAAGCUUUUGCCUUCAGAGGAAAGAAUUAGGAAGGAAGAGGAAGAACAGAAGAGGCGGAAGCUGCAGGCUGCGGAGAACAAGGCCAGGAUAAUGGAGGCUUUCCUGAAGGAGAAGGAGAAGGAGGUUCUCCAGCUGCAGGAGGAAGCCAAAACCUUCAUCACCCCCGAGAACCUGGACGCGCGGAUCGAGGAGUGCCUGGACAACCCUCGCAACUACAACUUCGCCGUCGACAAGGACGGGCGGAUCGUCAAACGGACGGUGUUGUCUUAGCGGCCCCCGCCUGGGACGGGGGGUGCGGGCCCGGUCGCCGGCCGGAGGCUCCGCUUACGAGCUGGUUUCUUCGUUUUCAUGUAGAAAUCAACCGCAGAAUCGUUGGA